AUCAGACUUUUGGGAUCUUGGGUUCAGCAGCUAUGGCAACAACAAACGAUGCCCAAUACUAUCUUCUCUACUUCCUUAUAUGCUAUCUCUCGACCCUCUUACUUAGAUCCUUGUUCAACAAGUAUUCUCCCAAGUCAGCCACUCAAGUUCGUCCUCCAUCUAGCCCACCGGCCCUCCCAUUAAUCGGCCACCUCCACCAUCUAACCACGGCUCACCAGGCAAUCUCCUUCCAAAACCUCUCCAACAAGUAUGGCCCUCUCCUCCACCUCCGCCUCGGCGCCUCUCGAAUGCUCCUCGUCUCCUCCGCCUCCGUGGCCACCGACGUCUUCAAAACCCAAGACCUCUCCUUUGCGGAUCGCCCGGCAUUUGCUUUCGCGGACGAACUUCCCUACGGAAACUCGGGUUUCUUCGGCGCUGUUUACGGUGACUAUUGGAAAUUCAUGAAGAAGCUCUGCAUGACAGAACUGUUCGCACCGCGGCAGCUCGAACGCUCGCGCAAUACUAGACAAGUAGAAGUUGGUAAGCUUUGUGAGAAGUUGAUCGAGAGUGCUAGAAAGAAAGAGGUGGUUGAUUUGGGAAGCGAGCUCAUGAAGCUUACAAACAACUCCACUUGCAAGAUGGUGAUGAGUGCUAGUUGCUCGGAGAAUGGCGACGAGGCUGCGAGGAUAAGGAAGAUGAUGAUGAGGACGCUACGGCUGGCGACCAAGGUUUCUUAUGGGGAUGUGCUGGGGCCGUUGAAAAGGCUAGGGUUUUGGCUCUAUGGGAAGCAGCUUGCUGACGUGUCGUGGGAGUUUGAUGAGCUUUUUGAGAAGAUGUUGAAGGAGCAUGAAAAGAAAGGGGAGAGAGAGGGCUGGGAGAGAGAGGAUUUGGAUUUGAUUGACUUGUUGUUGAAGGUGUAUCAAGAUGACAAGGCUGAGCUCAAAAUUACCCGAACUCAAAUUAAAGCUUUCUUGCUUGACCUAUUUAUUGGGGGCACACUUUCAUCAACAGAGACCAUGCAAUGGACGAUGGCCGAGCUCAUCAACCAUCCUCAGGUAUUCAACAAGGUCAGACAAGAGAUAAAAUCGGUAGUAGGCAACGCCAGAUUGGUCGAGGAAACCGACAUUACGAAUCUCCCAUACUUACAAGCCGUUGUGAAGGAAGCAUUGAGAAUGUACCCUCCAUCUCCGGUGGUGAUACGAAAAUGCCGCCAAGACUGUAAAAUCAAGGGCUUUGACAUACCCCAAGGAGUUACGGUGGCAAACAAUGUGUAUGCAAUUAUGCGAGAUCCGAAGAUUUGGGACAGCCCUGAUGAAUUUCGUCCGGAGAGGUUCUUGGCUUCCUCUAGUGAAGUACAUGAUAGUGUGGAAUAUGAUGACCAAAGUAAUCAACACAAGGAACAGAACUUCAAUUAUGUUCCGUUUGGCGGUGGCAGAAGGCGUUGCCCUGGCUCUGCGGUGGCGCUUCUGUUGGUGAACACCGCAGUUGCAACCAUGGUUCAAUGCUUUGAUUGGAAGGUUGGGAGAAACGAAAAUGAUGAUGCAGCCAACAAGGUUAAUAUGGAGAUAGGACCCGGCAUAAGUUUACCAAUGGCACACACACUUGAACUACUUCCUAUCAUUCACUUCAACCCAUUUGCUUCUUCUAUGUAGUUUUUUUACUAUGACAGCUCAAAAGUGGCAUACAAUUGUGUCAUGUGGUUAUUUGCUUAAAUAACAAUGAACUCUGAAGGCUCU